AUGAAAUUCUUCUACCAGGUCAUCUCGACCCCAACGGCCGAUACCCCCGGCACGUCCGUUUGCCUCAACUUCCCAGACAAGCGAUACCUUUUUGGUCAGCUAUCGGAAGGCACACAGCGCGCAUGCACAGAGCGCGGGGUUAAGCUUUCUCUUCUCACCGAUGUCUUUGUCACUGGACGGACGGAAUGGGCCAACACGGGCGGGUUGAUUGGGAUUGUUUUGACCCUUGCUGAUACGGUGUCAACCUCUAUGGCAGCCGUCGAGGAGGAAAAUCAGAAGAAGGCUGCCCGCAGGGCGCAAAGGGAGACCGAAGAAGGCAAACAGCCCAAGCCCCGUGAACCCAAGGAGCAGGAAGGCGAGGGGAUAUCGCAGAGAGGUAACUUGACGAUUCACGGUCCUGCGAACCUUACACAUACACUAGCUACGGCUCGGCGGUUUGUUUUCCGGAAGGGCAUGCCGGUGUAUUUGAAUGAAUAUGGCUCGGAGACACUGGCCAAGCAAAUGUCUAUCGGUGCCAAGGAUCCCUUUGAGAAGCCCUCAUGGUCAGACUCUAACAUCAAAGUCUGGGCCUUACCUCUCAGACCUCACUCAUCGGCUCAUUCUCAAUUUACGCAGCCGCGGUCACAGAGUCCACGAAAGCGGAGCUUGGAUGAGUUCCAGGAAUCUGAACAGCCCGAAGAUCAUAUGGACCAGCGUACCAAGAACCUGCUCGUGACGCAGUCCAUUGUGCAGGACAUGUUCAACUCAACAUGGAAGAUGGACGCCCUCCAUGAAACCCCAUUGGCCCAAGUCAAGAUGCCGGCCGCUAUAUUCAUUCGCAACCCGGAAACCAAAGACCUUGAGCAAUACAAGGGUCCGGUGCCAGGCGGCCCAGAGGCGCUUCCAGAUAUCAAGGUGCUUGUUCGAAAGCCCUGGCCCGGUGCGACCGUCGAGAGUCUCCCGGCCACUUCUCCCUCAAGGGAGGCAGUCUGCUAUAUCGUGCGGAACCAUGAUAUCCGCGGAAAGUUUGACCCGAAGAAGGCGCAAGAAUUGAAAGUCGAGAAGGGCGCUAAGUACUCAAAUUUGACGAAGGGCCAGAGCGUUGAGUCUCUGGAUGGGAAGACUAUUACCCCAGAAAUGGUUCUGGGACCGACCCGAGCCGGAAAAGGCACUGCUAUCAUGGAAGUGCCAUCCUCCGAGUAUGUUGAGGACUUGGUUAGUCGGGCCGAAUGGAAGUCACCAGCUGUAACGACCGAGUUGCAAGCGUUUAUCUGGAUUCUUGGACCAGGUGUGGCCGAGCAUCCUAAAUUCCAGGAAUUCGUUGUCAGCAUGUCCCACUGCAAGCACACUGUGUCGAGCCCAGACCACUGCCCGAACUACCUGGCGUUCACCAGUUCCGCUAGCUCAACUGUUCGACUUGCCCGUCUGAAAGCCGAUAGCUAUGCGGUUCCUGUUCACGACAAUGUGUCCCUCCCCCAACCCGGCACCCCUAACGCCAAUUCGGAAUCUGCGAUAGCUGCUCGCCAGAAUUGUCCACUGCAGCCUCUUGAACCUGGAUUCAUCAUCAACAUGGAGCCCAAUUUCGGGUUCAACAGCGACGAAGUGAUGACCCGCUUCAACCCGUCGAAUGCAUUGGAUAACAUCCCGCGUUCUGUCCAGAAACGGAUGGAAGUCAUUCGCAGCCGCGUCGCUAAGCCUAUAUUUCAGAAAAAGUUGCACGAGCAUCGAACACAAUGGCCUGGAGCAGAUGCAGAGAUCAUCGCGCUGGGUACUGGUUCCUCUGUUCCAUCGAAAUACCGAAAUGUCUCUGCCACACUGCUGAAGGUGCCUGGGUAUGGCUACUACUUGCUUGAUUGUGGCGAGAAUACCCUUGGUCAACUGAAGCGAGUUUUUGAGCCUGAAGAACUUCGUGAAGUGCUUCGAAACCUGCGAAUGAUCUGGAUCAGUCAUUUGCACGCUGAUCAUCACCUAGGAACGGUCUCUGUGAUCAAGGCCUGGCACACGGAGAACUUCCAGAAUGGAUCUGGCUCUUCUGCUAGACCUGAAGCCAAUAUGGCCAAGAUCCUCCAGGAGAAGCGCCUGGCUGUUGUGUCUGAAUAUGCGAUGAUUUCCUGGUUGGAAGAAUAUUCACAGGUCGAGGACUUCGGAUUUGACAAACUGCUUACCCUUUCCGCCCAUCCCGAAGUAAAUGGGCCUAAAAUCACCACCUCGUUCACACACCAGCCAUCUAGCCAUCGUCGUCAUACUGUUACCUUCACGGACGAAUCUUCCCCCCUCACUCCUCUUCUCAAGUCUGCCACUGGUCUUGCAGACCUACUCACUUGCCGCGUCAAACACUGCAAGGGUUCGCUCGCUGUGUCCCUUGUCUUCUCAAAUGGAUUCAAGGUUUCCUACUCUGGCGACUGCAGGCCAUCGGACAAAUUUGCCAUCAUUGGACAGAAUUCGACCGUGCUCAUCCACGAGGCCACCUUCCAACCCGACAUGGUCGGAUCGGCUAGGGCCAAGCGGCACUCGACCUCCUCCGAGGCAAUUGAAGUCGGCCGCCGCAUGCAAGCGCGCGCUGUCCUGCUCACACAUUUCAGCCAGCGCUACCAGAAGGUAGCCUUUGUAGACAAUCGGAACCCACGCAAAUUGGAAUUCAACGGGGACGCAGCUGCAAAGGAGCCCGCAGAUGCGGAUAUUCCAUUCGAUGACCCUCAAGAUGAAUCAGCGGGCCCCGCUGAUGUCCUACUGUCCGACGACAUCACGACGACAUCUCGACAAAGGCUCGGCGUUUAUACUGGCCCCGUCGCGGGAGCGAUGGACUACAUGCGUAUCAAGGUCGGGGACUUCGCCCUUGCGCAAGCAUAUGCACCAGCAUUGGAGAAGCUCAUCGAGCUCUUGGAGCGAGCGGCGAACGAGGAAACCGAGCGCCUGAAACAGACGCGUCAGCAAGAGGAGAAUGCUCGCAAGGCAAAGAAUAAUAAGAAGUGGGCUAAGCAAAUGGCUACUGCUACGGCUGCGGCAGUUGCGGCAGCAGCAGUUGAGACUAGCGAUGUCCAGACGGCGCCCAGUCGAUCUAUCUGGAGUGCCAGUGAAAGCGAGGAGGGAUGGGAGACGAGUGACUACGAGGAGUGUUCCUAA